UAAUCCUAUUAGUCGAUGAGAAAGUUGAAAGGGAAAGAGGCGUGGCUAAACCACAGUUUACCAGGAGGGACGGGGGAAGGCCUAAUAAAGACUGCGUGCGCAGCCGCUCUCCUCGUCAACCUGGUCGACGAACGGCGGGGAAGGGCGGGGCCGGAUCUCGCAGCGUGCUUACGUAGCUAUAGCUCUGUGGAGUUUCGGUGUGCGUCAGAGAACUGCGAAUACCGGGCGGACCUGAGGGGCCGCUUCUCCGCACCCGCCCUGGACCCUCCGGCGCUGCAGAGCUCCCCGAGUCAGGGGCCCCGGACCCCAGGUCUGAGGAGGACUCAAGCAGGACUUUCCAAAAGUUGCCGCGGGGCUUUCCGAUCCCCUCGGCCAUCUCCCAAGUCUGGCCAGGCUGAUGGGGCCAGCGAGGAUUCUCUGCACCUUGACGUUCAGAAGCUGAAGGAGAAGAAGGACAUGCUGGACAAGGAAAUCUCCCAAUUAAUAUCUGAAGGCUACAGUGUCGAUGAACUGGAGGACCACAUCUCCCAGCUCCAUGAGUAUAAUGACAUCAAGGAUGUAGGCCAGAUGCUGCUAGGCAAACUAGAACCCAGUUUGAGACCUGUCCUUCCAGGUCAUAGGACCUGGAGCAGGCGGAGUGUCCUCUUUCAUUCAUUCAGUGAGUAUUUCCUGAGCACCUACUCUGUGCUACUCAACAGGGUAUGGGGACAUUUUGGUGAACCAGACACUUGAGUGUCUCCAUUCUCAUGUGACUUACGUUUUGGUGUUGGGGUGGGGGAGGGGAAUGGUCAAGAAGUAAAGGAACACAAAUAAAUGAAUUAUAAAAUGUGUUAAGUGCAGUGAAGGAGACAAAAGACAGAUGGAAAAUAUUGAGGUAUGAACAGGGUGGCAGGUGGGGAUGAGACAGGGUGGUCAGGGCAGGCCUCUGAGGAGACCCCUUCCCUUGGGAGGAGAGAAGAGUCUGUGAGGAGGCAUGAGGAAGGGCAUCACCAAGUGGCAAGGGCAUGCACAUGGGCCAGGGUUUGCAGCUGGCCACUGAUGCAAUGUGAGUGUACACUUACACUUUCAGCACAUGACUCUUGCUGCUGCUUCACGUGGGUGAGGGUUAAGUGAGUCUAGUUUGGAGGGACCAGACAGGGCCCACCGUGGAGGAGCCUGGAAGGGGUAGCAGGAGGGUUAUCUGGGCCAACUAGGGGAGCAGGAAGAAAGUGCUGGAGAGGGUCCUGGGUAGGCCAGGGUUUUGGCCAUUUUCCCUCCUACUUCUCCCACUGGACAUUCUUCCUUCCUUCCUUCCUUCC